UUUUGAAUUAAUUUACUCGCAUUAAUUUGUAUUAUAUUUUGCAUAAUAUUAAAGACAGUGACUUGUUCAAAUAAAAUUAAUUAUGGAUUUGGACCCGAAAUUAUAUAAUGAUACAAAUCAAGUACAGCUUGAUGAUGGCAUUUACCUGGUUAAUAAAAUCGUCACAGAAACCAUCGGAAAGUCAUUUGACAUCUGUAUGGAAAUUGGUUGUGGACCCGGAAAUAUGACUAAACUAUACAACGACUCGUUAAAUAUCUGUACGUUUAUCGCCAUUGAUAUCGACAGUAAAAUGAUUAAGUUCGCUGAGAAAAACUACCCUGCUCAAAACACCACAUACAUCGCGCAGGACUUCGGUGUCAAAUGGGAUAAACUGUCGCCAGAGGUCAGGGCCCUCGAGAAUCGCGUUAACCUAAUCGUGUCCAACCAUACCAUGCAUUGGAUUUUUAAGCAACGUGAAAACGCUGCUAAUAAUAUACGUAGACUAUUGGCUGACCAGGGUCUAGNCACAUACAUCGCGCAGGACUUCGGUGUCAAAUGGGAUAAACUGUCGCCAGAGGUCAGGGCCCUCGAGAAUCGCGUUAACCUAAUCGUGUCCAACCAUACCAUGCAUUGGAUUUUUAAGCAACGUGAAAACGCUGCUAAUAAUAUACGUAGACUAUUGGCUGACCAGGGUCUAGCAUACUUGCAGUUUGCAUGCUUACCAUAUUAUAAAGAUGUAGUCGAUAACGCAUUUCUGAGUUUCCUAACGGGAAUUGGCGUUUUUAUCGGCAGGUGGAUUAACGCAAUGACAAAUAAUGGUUUAAAGUUCAUCCAGGAUAGUAUUGAGGAUAAAACGUGCGAGAUGCCCAUGAAUAUGUUGUGCGCCUGUCAGUAAAUUAUUCGUACAGAUAUAAGUGGGAUAAGUUGACCAAGUACAUCAUGUUUAAAGCUGCCAAGUCGAUACUUCCAAAAAAUGCAACAAAACGUACUGAUACUACAAAUGGGAUAAAAUAUAUGAAAAUUCAAUACCAAAAUUUUGUGUUUGUU